AUGCAUCCGUUCGGAGGGACCCCCAUCUGUCCAAGAUGCGCAAAGUCCGUCUAUGCCGCAGAGCAGAUCAUGGGCCCUGGACGCAAGGUACGACGUCAUCCAUGCCUAGCGUGCAAGUCCUGCGGGAAACGCCUCGACUCCUUCAGCCUGGUCGAGCACGAUGAGGAGCCCUACUGCAAGAACUGUCACGUCAAGCUCUUCGGCACGCGCGACCUCCGCCACGCCAACCUCCCCCACCGCGACGACCUCACCUCGCCCUCGUCCUCCCCCAUCCGCUCCGGCUUCAACGGCGGCAAUCGCGCGGCCUCACCGCCCACUCUUCCCCCACGCCAGAACUCCAACUCGCACGCGUACUCGAACUCGCUCUCCGGGACGAACGGCAACGCCCCGCCGCUGCCCGUCCGCCGCCAUGCCACCGGGGGCGCCGGUCUCGACCGCGAUCGCGGAGGGGCGACGUCCCCAGGCCCAGGGCUGCUCAAACCGACGCGCACGCUGAGCCCGAACGGCAGGGAGCGCUCCCGCCCCGCCUCGCUCCUGCAGGCGACCGAGCAGAUGCAGCGCAUCGCGGACGAGGCAGAGGCCGAGGCCGAGGAAGACGUCUCCCCGAUCCCGACGCACGUCGGCCGCGGGGCGGGCGGGCUCCCGCGCACGAUCCCGCUCGCCUCGCCCGCCGCUACGACCCAGUCCCCCGCCCCGGCAGAGACCGACCGCGGGCGGCGCACGAUGUCAGUCCCGCUCGCCCCCUCGAUGACCGGCACGCGGUACGGCGCUGCUCUGGGCGGAGGCGGCGGCGGAGGGGCUGGGGGGCCGCCGCUGUCCCCGACGAUGACGGGGCGGCAGUGGGGCGGGGGCACGCCGCGGUGCGGGCGGUGCGGGCUCGCGGUGUACUUUGCGGAGCAGGUGAAGGCGGUGGGGAAGACGUGGCAUAAGGGGUGUUUGCGGUGUGCAGAGUGUGGGCAUACGCUCGAUAGCGGGAAGGUUGCGGAUAAGGAGGGGGAGCCGUUUUGCCAUCGGUGUUAUGGGAAGCGGUUCGGGCCGCAGGGGAGCGGGUAUGCGUUGUUGGGCAAGCCAGGCGGCUGAGUGUGCGCAUAGAGUUGUGAGAUGAGAUGGGACGACGAUGCUGACAGCGAGAGGACUAUGUUAUGAUUAUUUCGAGGAAUGUACCGCUCGCCCUGUAAAUGACUUCUGAUGUGUGUUCGAUGACCUCCC